AAAGUGGGGUUUUUCUUAGCUAUCUGGUGGUGGUCAUGAUUCAGUGAUUACUUUCAAACAUUACAGUCAACAGUUCAGAUUUAAAAUUAUUUGUAAAAAAUAAUAAAACGUUGCAGUUUAUAGAAAUAUAUUAGAAAAACGAGAUUAAUUAAUUGAAAAUAAAUUGUUAUAAUAUUUAGAAAAAUUAUUUAUAAAAAAUUAAAAAAAUGUCAGCUGAAGAAAUUGUGGAUGAAGAUGGUUAUAAUGUAGUGCCUGAAGAUGAACCGGAAUACACUGGUCCCGGCGAAGAACAUGUGGAAAAACCCUCCAAAGAUGAAAUUAAAGUCGCCAAAUGGAUGAAGAAAAAUAUCAAGACAAAGAAAACGAAAUUUUUAAGUCACAAUGUUGAAUAUUUCACCUCAAACAAAGCCAUCGAUGGCCUUAUGAAAUCGAAAUUUGCCGAAGGUGAUGGAGCCCUCUUUACCACGCGAGAACAGGCUAUAGAUUUUUUGGAUCUCAUGUUGGAGCAUAAGUUUUUCCAUCGUGCCAAAAAGGUACCCAUUAGUAUAGAUGAUUUGCGUGGUGUUAAAUCGAGCAAAAAAGAAGAGAAAAAAGAUGAGACAAAAGAUAAACAAACAAAGAAGGAAAAGGACGAACGUAAAGAUACAGAAGCCGAAGCUGAAGCUAGUGGUAAUAAUGGUGUAAGUGAUGAGGCGGGUGGCACCUCUGCCACAGGCGAAAAAAAGGAGAAAAAGAAACGUAAAAUCCGUUUAGAUAUGCAUCCCGAACAGGUGUUCGUUGAUGGCUCAGAGGCCUAUGUUUGGAUUUAUGAUCCUAUACCCAUACACUAUUGGAUUUAUGGUUUGAUACUUUUACUGGGAGCCAUUGGCAUUUGUAUGUUCCCGCUGUGGCCACCCAUGUUGCGUAAGGGUGUCUAUUAUUUGUCUUUGGUGGCCGCUGGCUUUUUGGUAUUCAUUUUGGCUUUGACUGUGGUGCGUUUGAUAAUAUUCACCAUUGUGUGGGCGGUAACGGGAGGUAAAUUACACUUCUGGAUUUUCCCCAAUUUAACAGAAGAUGUGGGUUUCUUUGCCUCUUUCUGGCCUUUAUAUGAGAGCAAAUAUGUUUCCGAUGAGAAAACUUCCUCUAAAUCGAAAAAAUCCAAAUCAAAAUCCAAGAAAAAAGAAAAAGACAGUGAUGUCGAAGACAACGAUGAGGCACCCGAUGCUGUUCCUUUGGAACCGGAAAAAAUUGAAGAAAUUAAAGAACAUGAUGCCGAUAUGGAAUUAAGAUUGCGCAGCAAUGCUGGCAAAGGUGAUACUGAGGAUGAGUCUCACAGUGGCAGCAGUAGUGCAAAUGAAGCGCCUCAAGAAUCUGAUGCUAAAUGUUCACAAAAUCAAUCCGAAUCUGAAUCCGAUGGCAAAGAUUAUGAAAUAAUCAGCUCAAGUGAAGUGCAAAAUGUCAAAUGAAAAACUAAAUUUUAAACGAAAAUAUCAACAACAAUAAAACAUUUAAUUGUUAAACAAAAUCAACCAACCAUUCUUUAAAUCAUUUUAGUUAAUAAUAAAAAGAAAAUAACUAAAAGCUUAACGAAUUAAAUAUAAUUGUAAAUUAAUAUAAAUUUGCUUAAAACAAUAUUAAACUUAUUUUCUUCUAAAGCUCUUUAAACUCCAAAAAAAAGAGAUAAUAAAACAU